AUGGGAGAGAUAGUGGUGAUGCAGCUGGGGUUGGUUGGCUAUCAGCAGCUUCGUGUGCAGUGCUGUGGCCAUGAAUUAGACAAAUCUGAACGUGAAAUUGAAGCCGAAAAGAAAUUGUGGAACGAACGUAUCACUGAGCUGCGGCGUCGUAUUGAAACGGCUCGUCAACAAAAAUCUCGGCCUAAUAGCACUAGUACGAUCUCAGGAACGGAUGAAGAAAAUGUAUCCUGUCCAGCUAGUCCAAACUACCUGGAAUUUAGUCCAUCAACCAAGCAAUCACCUGUGUACAGUUACGAUUUAUACAACGAUGGUUUGGUGCCGGUAGCGCCCCUUCUUCAUCCGCGUCCAUCUGUUUAUCCAUUUUUUGAUGUCAAAACACCACCAUGUAAUUAUACAUUAUUUCCAAUUCAAAUUGGUCUCUAA